GUCAUCAAUGCAUCUCUCGUGCAUCAACAUGAUGCAAGUGAUGAACCACGAAAGCUUCUCUACUACUAUAUCGAGGUAGGCUUUACGAUAUUAUUCAACGUGGAAUGCCUUCUGAAAAUGGUUGCUUUGGGAUGGAACGGAUAUAUACGAUUGCACAAAUUUGAAUUUAUUUUGUGCAUUGGAAGUACAUUGAAUAUCAUCAAGCCACUCUAUUCAAUGAAUAUUUUCACAUAUUUUCAAGUUUUUCGUAUCGUUCGCCUCAUUCGUGCUUCACCAAUGCUUGAAGAUUUCAUCUAUAAGAUAUUUGGGCCGGGAAAAAAGUUAGGUGGUUUGGUAGUGUUUACGAUGGUACUACUUGUUAUUACUUCCGCUAUUUCAUUACAACUCUUCUGUUAUGUACCAAAUUUGGAUAAAUUUCGAACAUUUCCGCAGGCAUUUAUGUCAAUGUUUCAAAUAAUAACACAAGAAGGAUGGACUGAUGUUGUAGUGGAAAUUUUACGCACCACAAACGAAUCAAUGGUACCAUUCGUUGCAAUAUACUUCGUUGGAUAUCAUUUAUUCGUUACUUUGAUUGUUUUAUCGUUAUUCGUUGCUGUUAUUCUCGAUAAUUUGGAAAUGGAUGAAGAAUUGAAAAAGGUGAAACAACUCAAAGCAAGAGAAGAGACUACAUGUAUGCGUACAACACUUCCAUGGCGAUUGAAAAUUUUUGAAAAAUUUCCAACUCGACCACAAAUGGUUGAAUUACGAAAGGUAUCCAGUGAAUUUCCGCUACCAAAAGUGCGACAGAGUUUCACAAAACAGUUUGCGGAAGAUAAUACUCUGACGUACAAUUUAUAUUCUGAAGAAUGGGAUCUUCAUCAGAAGCAACUGUUACAUAAUAUUGGAAGGACAUUUUUUCGUAGCACCGUUACUGUACGACAGAUCGGUCAGCUUUCAUCAAAAUGGACAAUUAACAUUUUAAUCGAAGAAGCAAAUCGGAAUCGUGCCCUUUUUCUGGGCUCAAAUCAGUACAUUGCUCAACUUGGCCAAGGUGGUACACGAAUGUGGGGAGAUUCGAGAUAUCGUAACAGAAGUAUAAAUCGGCCGAUGAAAUUGAAAGUUGUUUAUGAGCAUCUGAAGGAAAAUGGUGACGUACGGUUGGUGGAUUCGGCACCAAAAAAUGAUUUAAAACAUGGUGAAAUUGAUAUCAAAGCAUUGCAGCAGAAGCGACAACAUGCAGAAUUGACCAGGAAUCGAAUUGAAGAAGAAAUUCGCGAGAAUCAUCCUUUUUUUGAUCGUCCACUUUUUAUCGUCGAUCGUGAUUCACGUUUUAGACAUAUCUGUCAAGAAAUAGUUUAUGCUAAAUAUAUGCCUGUUAAAAUCGACUCAAUUACUGGAAAACCGAUACAACAGCGCUACAAACAACUACAUGAGCUAAUUGGUUUAUUGACAUAUCUUGACUGGGCAAUGGUUUUUUUUACCGCACUAUCCUGUUAUUCGAUGCUAUUCGAAAGUCCAUGGCCAACAACAGGCGAGAAUAUGAUCUUCAACAAUCCCUAUCUUCAGAUUUGUGAAUAUAUGUUUGUCAUGUCGAUGACUUUUGAACUUGCUGUUAAAAUUCUCGCAAAUGGAUUUAUUUUUACGCCAAAUGCUGUAGUGCGAGACACGAGUGUUAUUUAUUUGAUUUGGAUGCCACGUCAUGUGGAAAUUAAUUCAUUAGCACAAAUGAUGAUGAUCUUUCGAGCUAUGCGACCAUUGCGCAUUUGCACUCUUGUACCGCAUAUUAGACGUGUGGUUGUGGAGUUAUGCAAAGGAUUCAAAGAGAUUCUCUUGGUUACUACUUUGCUUAUUUUGCUUAUGUUCAUAUUCGCAAGUUUCGGUGUACAAAUUGCCGGUGGCAAAUUAGCUGCAUGCAAUGAUCCAACGAUCACUGAAAGGGAAAAUUGUUUCGGUUUAUUUGAACAAAAAGUUUUCGUUACACGAAUGGAGGUGUAUGGGAAGAAUGAUAAUGAAUUGCAUCCAAAAAUUUGGGUACCACGAGUUUGGACAAACCCACGAAAUUUUAAUUUUGAUCAUAUUGGCAAUGCUAUGCUAGCACUUUUUGAGACUCUUUCUUACAAAGGAUGGAAUGUUAUUCGUGAUAUAUUAUGGAUGAGACAGGGACCUUGGGCAGUGGUCUUUAUUCAUAUAUAUGUCUUUACUGGUUGUAUGAUCGGACUUACACUUUUCGUCGGUGUUGUCAUUGCAAAUUAUACGGAAAAUAGGGGUACAGCAUUGCUCACAGUUGACCAACGACGUUGGCAUGAUCUGAAAGCACGUCUAAAAAUGGCGCAACCUUUACACGUUCCACCGAAACCAGCGGAAUCUGCUAAACUCCGCAUUAGAUUAUAUGAAAUUACAUUAAGCAAAUGGUUCAAACAGGUGUUCGCAAUAUUAGUAGUGAUUAAUUCAGUGACUUUAUUCAUUCCAUGGAAUGUUGAGGAAGAGAAGAAUAGCUAUAAGGCACUUGUAUUUAUGACAGGUGUAUCGGCUAUUGCUAACAUUCUUUUCACUGUUGAGAUUCUAUUGAAGAUGAUCGCAUUCACGGUACGCGGUUUCUGGCAAUCCAGACGAAAUCGAAUAGAUUUACUGAUUACGGUACUCGGACUUUUUUGGAUCUUUACUCAUUUUAUUAUGGCCUUACCUGCAAGCGCUGUUGGCGGACCUACGGAACUCAAAGAAUUUACAUAUACUUUUGGAUAUUUGGUGGUCAUUUUGAGAUUCUUCACCAUUGCCGGUCGUAAGACGACUUUAAAAAUGUUAAUGUUAACAGUAGUGAUGAGUAUGGUGCGAAGUAUGUUUAUUAUCACAGCUAUGUUCCUUCUUGUACUAUUCUAUGCUUAUACAGGUGUUAUACUCUUUGGUAUGGUUAAGUAUGGACAAGCUGUUUCGAAACAUGUGAAUUUUCGAAAUGCAAAAGAAGCCUUAGUGGUACUAUUCCGGAGUGUCACUGGUGAAGAUUGGAAUGAUAUUAUGCAUGAUUGCAUGCGCAGUCCACCAUUAUGUUAUUGGAAACAAGGUGUCAGUUACUGGCAAACUGACUGUGGCAAUUACUUUGGUGCAAUUAUUUACUUCUGCUCUUUCUACCUCAUUAUUACUUACAUUGUUCUAAAUCUUCUCGUUGCUGUGAUCAUUGAGAAUUUCUCGUUGUUUUACUCAAGCGAAGAAGAUGCUCUUCUAAGUUACGCAGAUAUUCGUAAUUUUCAACAAGUUUGGAAUAUGGUAGAUAUAGAACAGAAACGUACAAUACCAGUUCGUCGAGUGAAAUUUUUACUCCGUUUACUGAAAGGUCGAUUAGAAGUUGAUCCAAAUCGAGAUCGGCUUUUAUUUAAGCAUAUGUGUCAUGAAAUGGUUCGAUUGCAUAAUGGUGAUGACAUCUCGUUUCAUGAUGUUCUAAAUAUGUUAUCGUAUCGUAGCGUGGAUAUACGGAAAUCUCUACAGCUUGAGGAAUUGCUACAUCGUGAGGAAUUGGAAUAUAUCAUUGAGGAAGAGGUGGCAAAGCAGACGAUACGUUCAUGGCUAGAAGGCUCUCUGCGACGAAUCAAAGCACAAAAAAAUAAGGAUAUUCCAUUGAUUGCACAUUUACGACCAUUUCUCAAUGAACAACAUAAUGUGUCUUCGAUAUUACAACUAAAUCAGAUGCCAAAUCAGAUGAACGCAGCAAGUAAUCUUCAGCAAGAUCAAUUACAACAACUUGGUGAAUCGAUUGAUAAUGAGGAGGAGGAAUUGAUUAAAUGCAAACCAACUAAAAGAUCACGAAGGAGCAGUAUUCCAGAACUUGUUGGUGAAGCUGCUAAAAAAUUCAUUUUUACUGGAAGUUCCAGCGCUCGACUUCGAGGAGUACAUAGCGCUCAAUCAGUAGAUCGAACAAUUUCUCGUGAGGAAAAAGGAAUGAAAUCUUUACUGAGCGCUGAACAAAGUAUAUCAAUUGCUCGUGAUGAAAGGAAGUCAAUAAAAGGUGUUCAAGUUAAUUUACCAUCAAGCGAACUGCCUGAUGUUAAAGAAAGAAAUGAAGAGGAUGUCAAUAAUGAUUCGGGGAAUUUUGUGGAUCGGAGAUAUUCUGCAGAAUCUACCCAUCUCUCUGUUAAUGAAUUCAAUAACGAUGCAGCUUCAUUUACCGGUAAACUUGCCAACUCUCCUUUUAUAUCUUCUUCAACUGCUGAAGAAGAUGCCCAGGUAAAGAAAUGGUGGUCCGAAUUCAACAUUCUCAUUCUCAGCUAA